ACACAUAAUCAAUCAUGUAUAAAGCCCGAGUCUGAGCCACAACCGUGGCUGUUGUUGUUGCAGUUUUGGUCAGUGUGUGGGUACUAACACCAUAAUGGAGCUUUUCAAGUGUCUGUUUGGUGUAGUAGUGGUGGCUGUUGUUGUUUCAGUCAGUGAUGUUACUGCUCAGAACUACUGGGCACCGCCUCUGCAGAAACCUCAACCUCCUCUUCCUUCUCAGCCGCCUCAGCAACGGUUGAAAAUUCCUCCACCUUCAGUUCCCUUCGAUAAAUGCCUGGUGGAGGUGAACGAGAAGAUCCAGUGUGGGACUCCAGAUAUCACAGCCGAGCAGUGUGAAUACAUAAACUGCUGCUUUGAUGGGCGGCAGUGCUACUAUGGGAAAGCAGUGACUGUGCAGUGUACCAGGGAUGGCCAGUUUGUGGUGGUUGUGGCUAAAGAUGCCACUCUGCCCCACAUAGAUGUGGAUUCAGUCAGUCUGCUGGAAACAAACGAUGCCUCCUGUGCCCCUGUUGGUGUCACCUCUGCCUUUGCAAUCUUUCAGUUCCCUGUGACUGCAUGUGGUACAAUGAUCAAGGAGGAAGAGGGUUAUGUGGUUUAUGAGAACCACAUGUCUUCCUCGUAUGAGGUGGGAAUUGGCCCCAGAGGCUCAAUCACCAGGGACAGUCACUUUGAGCUGCUGUUCCAGUGCAGAUACUCUGGCACAGCUGUGGAGGCUCUCGUCAUGGAGGUGAACCCUCUUCCCCCUCCCGUGCCGGUCGCCGCUGCAGGACCCCUCAGAGUGGAGCUCAGGCUGGGCAGUGGACAGUGUCACUCAAAGGGAUGUGUGGAGGAGGAGGUGGCAUAUAGCUCCUUCUACACUGCAGCGGACUACCCCAUUGUUAAAGUGCUGAGGGAGCCUGUGUAUGUUGAGGUGCAAAUCCUGGAGAGGUCUGAUCCAAACAUCAUCUUGAACCUGGAGCACUGCUGGGCCACCUCUACCCCAAAUCCUCACAGCCUGCCACAGUGGGACCUUCUGAUUGAUGGGUGUCCCUACCAUGACGACCGUUACUUAACAACAGUGGUGCCUGUGGACGGCUCCUCUGGGCUUCAGUACCCAUCACACUACAAGCGUUUCAUCUUUAAGAUGUUCACGUUUGUGGAUCAAGACACCUUCACCCCUCAGCAGGACACGGUGUUCAUCCACUGUGCUACAGCAGCGUGUUAUCCCAGCAGCACAAACUCUUGUCAACAGCCAUGCCACCGGCAACGAAGAGCAGUGGCUGCAGCGAGGAAAGUUUCCUCAAACCAGAGGGCUCUAGUCUCGAGCAGAGAGGUGAUCCUGACUAAGCAGAGGACAACGUCUGCUCCUGAUGCCAAAUCAAAGAGAUGACAGUCCAUUGGCAGCCAUGUCUGACUGUGACUUUCUUUUAAAAAUAAAAGCUUUUUAAAAGCUUGUGCUCACAA